ACCCUCUCCAGGUGAAGGGUGAACCACAGCAUGCCUGUAACAGUUCAGCUGCAGGGAUGGGCAGCAGGCAACUACACCUGCACAUGUUAUCUUCUCAUACAUCUGACUCAGCUCCAGGUGUGACAGAUCCUGUGGAAAUGUUUCUGUAUAUCUUGGCUCUGGUGGUCUUAUUGUACAUCUACCGGUGGUUUAGAGAGCUGAAACGAGUGCCAAACAAAUCAGAGAAAUAUGUUUACAUCACCGGCUGCGACAGUGGAUUCGGGAACCUCCUGGCCCGACACCUGGACUCUCUGGGCUUCUCUGUGAUUGCCGGCUGCUAUACAGAGAAAGGAGAGGAUGAGCUGAAGAAGGCCUGCUCCACUAGACUCUCUACUGUCCCGUUAGACGUUACUAAUAAUGACAGCAUCAGAAAAGCUACAGAGAUCAUUAGGAAGCUGGUGGGAGAGAGAGGUCUGUGGGCUGUGGUAAACAACGCUGGCGUCUCCGUUCCAUCUGCCCCCAACGACUGGUUGGUAAUUGAUGACUUCAUGCACAUGAUCAAUGUUAAUCUAAAUGGAGUCAUCGCUGUGACUCUCAGUGUGCUACCCCUCAUUAAAAAAGCCAAGGGCCGUGUGGUCAAUGUUGCCAGUGUGUUUGGACGGGUCAGUCCAUUUGGAGGACCAUAUUGUGUCUCAAAAUAUGGAGUGGAGGCAUUCAAUGACAGUCUAAGGAUGAACAUGGUGCACUUUGGAGUUAAGGUACUGUGUAUCGAGCCUGGAUUCUUCAAAACGAGUGUGACUGACACUAAACUCCUUGAGAACAGUAUUCAGAAAUUAUGGGAAAGAUUGCCACAAGACGUCAAGAACGACUAUGGAAGUGACUACAUGGAUCGAGUGAAAGUUAUGAUGAAAGAGAAGUUCGUGAAGAUGCUGGAUGGAGAUCUGAUGAAGGUGGUGAGUUGUAUGGAGCAUGCCGUUUCUGCCGUCCACCCCCGUACACGCUACUCACCAGGCUGGGACGCGAAAUUCUUCUGGCUGCCUUUGUCCUACAUGCCAACCUGCAUCGCUGAUGCUCUGCUGUCAAAGAAUGUUGUGAAACCUAAGGUUGCCAGUUUAUAAAGUGCGUUAUUGUUGGACUACAGUAACCACUCUAUGACUGAAGAUGAGACAUCAUGUUAAUUAAUUGUUAGUUAGUUAGUUAAUUAAUUAAUUAAUCAUGUUAACAUCAUGUUCUGUGCUCCUUAUCAUAGGAUUUAAUUAUAUAAUUCUAAUUUUAUUAGAUAUUUUUUUGAUAAUAGCAUUGAUGAUGAUUGGUAAAGUAAUGGUUCAUGAAACCUCUGUAUCUAAAUAAAAAAAAAUGUUUGUUAAUUUUAAA